UAAAAAAAAAAAGUUUAUCACAUCAACACUUGUGACCAAAUUGAGACAUUUAAUUGAUUAAGAUGAUCAUCACUAGGUAAUUUUAAAUGAUUCUAAGUAUGUAUUAGCAUCCGGAACCGUGCAAUAUGUUCUCGUCUCACACACCGAAUGGAUCAUUGUUAUGGGGGAGAGCUUCAGUCAUCUACUCUUUCUUGCUUCAUAUAAAGGUAUGGCUGAACACUAUUUAGCCUAUUUAGCCAAGCCUUUGGGAGGCAGAAGUGUCUAUUUUUUUCUUUAAAAAAUGCUUAUUUUAAAAAAAAUGAGGUAUUGGAUUAAAUUUUUAGGAGAAAAUAAGUAUUUUAAGGAAUAACAGAAGCUGUUUUUCAAAAGUUAAAAAAAUAGUUUGUAGAUAAAGGGAAAAGGGUCAAAAAUACCCCUUUUCUUUGUUUUAAUGUUAAAAAUAUCAUCUGUUACAAAUUUGAGUCAUUUAUGUUCUUCCCGUCAGUUAAAGUGUUUAAAUAUAUCCUAUCUAUGCAGAAAUCCUCAAAUCGCCCAAAAUAACCUCAUUUCAUGUUUUUUAAACCGCUCUAUUAUUUAAAUCCGACCCAACUUAUUUAUAACCCAUAGGAUUUGAUCGGUCGUUUCAUCUAAAUUCUCCAAAUUUAGGAUAGUUUUGGAUGAAAUUGGUAGAUGAAGGCCGUGAAUUAUGUGAUUGUGGAACUUUCUAGUGGAAGAAAAUGUGUGUAAUUGAUAGAUUUCUAGGUGAUUUGAGAUUAAUUACAAAGAAGGAGAGAGAUAUGGAUGGAGCAGCAGCCAUUUCUCUCAUCCAAAAAAUAUUGCCGGCUAAUGGAAUUUCCACAGUAUUUAGGGCAAAUAACACUCUAUGGCAUUUUGGGUAAAGUAUUUACCCGAAAUGGCCAUAAUUUUUUUUUUUUUUUUUUACAUUUUGCAGCCUUCAUCCCAUUUUUUUUUAAAUAAUUACCCGAGAUAGUCACCCCCUUCCCCCUCAUAUCAAACUCCAAGAUGCUAUUUUUCCUUCCAAAUCUCUUUUUAAUGUUGGUGUUUUUUUAAGGGUAAAAUGUGCAUAAAACACAUACAUUAUGUUACACUUUUAACACUGUAUAAACACUGUAUAACACUGCAUAACAAUGUAGAAGUGUGUAUAAACAACUCUUAUACGUUAUUAUACAUUUUUAUACAAGGUUUAUAAAUUGUCUACAGUAGGUGUAUAAAGUUGUACAUUAUUGUAUAAUGCUGUAUAUACAAGCUGCGGCCAUAAUUUGUUGGAUCAUAGGUUUGUAAUUUAAAAAUAUGGCUACGCAAAAGUAAUUUUAUGUGCUAAAUUGUAUAUUACUGAAAUUCCCACAUUUAUUAAUUUCCUCUCCCUAUCUCUCAAUCUUGGGGCCCCGCCUAGCACUAACUUUUUAGAAUCUCCAUUUCAUUUUUUAAAAGAUGUCCAUAAUCGUGCUUCAUUGGGUUCCAUCAAUGGCUUCUAAGACUUUUGCUUUCCUCAAUCAAAUGUAUGGGUUAUUAAUUAAGUUAGACUCGGGUUUAAAUAUGAAGCGGGUUAAAAACAUGAAAUCAGGUUAUUUUGGAGGUUUGGAGAUUUCUGUUUUGGGCAUAUUUGAACACUUUACUAAUGGGUGGGGCAUAAAUGACUUAAAUUUAUAACGGAGGAUAUUUGUAGCCAAUAAAACAAAGUAGAUGGGUAAUUUUGACUCUUUUCCCUUUAAAAAAGUGUUUUUGAGAAAAAUACAUAUAAAAACAAUUUUUAAAAACUUAGCCAACCAUAAAUUGCUUGUCGACGAAAGUACUUUUGAAAAAAACAUUUUUUAAAAUAAGUUUAUUUUAGAAGUUUGGUCAAACAAGCUGACACGGGAGCAAAUGGUUGUCACAUUUUGGAAGAUAAAUAGAAAUCCAACAUUAACAAAAUUCUAAAAAGAAGCUUCUUUGUUUUUUUUUUUUUUUUUUUUUUUGUUUGUUUGUUUAGAUUCAUGAUUAUGUAGUUCUCUUGGCCGCUGGAUCCUAUAGAAAUCAUUUGAGCACUCAUUCAAUAUUUUAAGGUAAUUAGUGCCCUAAGACCUUUCUAACUCUUUUGACCAAUCUGUCUACACUAUACAGUGUGAGAACAGACACAUAAAAUAAAUGGUCGGUUUUGAUAAUAUAUACACAAAAAAGCUAAAUAUCCAGUUCAACUAAUUUUCCUAGUAAACAAAGUGGGUAGAUAACUGCAUAAAGGAGAUUCAAAGAAUAUUUGUAACAGAUACAGUUUCUAAUGUGUUGCUAAAGGUCAUAUUAAGGAAAGGGAUACCACAAAUCUUAAAUUCUCUCAAUCUUAUAAAAGAGAGAAAAUGUUUGUUUAAAAAAUAGUGGUAGUAAAGCACGUUCUCUCUUUUAAAUCCCACUUGAUAGAAGUGGGAGAAUUGGUGCACUUUCUUGGCUAAAUUACUAAGAGGGACAAGGGUGGGACAAAGAAAUAAACAGGAGCAAACAAGGAGUUGUACCAGGAAAAAUAAUGGAGUUGGAAAAUGUCCUAGCUCUUUUACUUGUAUUUUCUUGUUCUUGUUUAACUCUUUUUGCAAGUGAAGAAAAUAUCAAGGAGGGAAAAUCAAUCACUGGUAAUCAAAAAAUGGUUUCAGCUGGUGGAAGUUUUGCCUUAGGCUUCUUCACUCCAGGUAAUUCUACAAAUACUUACCUUGGCAUAUGGUACAAUACUAUCCCUGAAUUAACGGUCAUUUGGACUGCUAAUAGAGAAUCUCCAAUCCCUCAGAACUCUACUGCAGUUUUCACUAUUGGCGAUGACGGGAAUUUAGUGCUUUUUGAUGAGAAGGAUAAGCUCAUUUGGUCAUCAAAUGUUUCAUCCACAAGCACAGGAGAAUUAUUAACUUCAAACUCUACUGUGGGAGCACUGUUAGAUACUGGAAAUCUUGUCCUCAUGUAUGGUGAGUCGAAUAUAUUGUGGCAGAGCUUUGAACAUCCUACGGAUACAUUUAUGCCUGAGAUGAAACUCGGUUAUAAUAGAAAAACUGACAAACGAAUCAUGAUCAGUUCGUGGACAAGUAACGAAGAUGCUCGGCCUGGAAAUUUCUCUUUUGGGAUAGACCCUGAAGGGAGUUCACGGUUUUACGUUUUGAAGCACAACAGUAUUUAUUAUAGGUUGGAUGAUAGUAAUGAAUACGCUGGAGGGAAUCUCCUAGGAAUUGCAUGGUAUGUUUCUGUUGUUUCUGGAAAUGAUGGAGUAUUUAUGACUUAUGGUUACACCAAAGGCUUGACAACAUUAAGGGCCGCUUUGGCUCCUAGUGGGUACCUUCAGGUACUGUUAUGGACCCAAUAUGCUAAUAAGUGGAGAGUUUUAAUUCAGGUACCACAAGCUCCUUGUGAACGUUAUGCGCAGUGCGGUCCAUUUGGCAGCUGUGGGGUCAGAUCAAGUAGAUCAUGCAGAUGCUUAACUGGAUUUGACCCAAGAUUCUCGACAGAUUGGGCAAACGGGAAAUGGAAUGGAGGUUGUGUGAGAAAAGUAGCAUUGGGUUGUGAUGGCAGAGACAAGUUCUUGAAACAUCAGAAUAUGAAGUUUCCGGACCAUGCUAUUUCCUUAGGACAUAUUAGCAUUAAGGAAUGUGAUACUCAGUGCAUUAGGAACUGCUCCUGCUCUGCUUAUGGUUAUUCAAAUAGCACAUGUCUAAUUUGGUUUGGAGAUUUACUAGACCUUUCCCAUAACUAUACUGGCGGCAGAGUUCUCAAUGUUCGGGUUCUUGGCUCUGAGUCAGUUACACAUGAUGGAUCUGGGAAUUCAACUCACAGACACAGAAUUUUCAUUGCUACAAUUGUUUCUGCAAUAUCUGCCAUCUUGGUUCUUAUCAGUAUUAUUGCCUUUAUCUUCAAAAGAAAGAGCUUGAGAAGACAAGGCUGGAACAAUGGAACUAAAGCUCUCAUUAGGUCCGUGUCUAGUUUAUAUUCUGCUGAAGAAAGCGAUAUGAAGCUGCUGCAGUACAGCCUGCAGAAAAUAAGAGAGGCUACUAACAACUUCCAUGGAGAAAACAAACUUGGAGAAGGUGGAUUUGGCCCUGUGUUUAAGGGGGUUUUGGCUGAGUUCGGAGACGUAGCCAUCAAAAGACUUUGCAGGAGGUCAUCACAAGGACUGGAGGAGUUCAUGAAUGAAUUGAAGCUAAUUGCAAAACUGCAGCACAAAAAUCUUGUCAGCCUCUUGGGAUGCUGUGUUGAAGGCGAUGAGAAGAUACUAAUCUAUGAGUAUAUGCCCAAUUGCAGCUUGGACAAAUUUCUGUUUGACACUUCUCUAAAAGUUAUUCUAGAUUGGAGUACACGAUUCAAGAUAAUAGAAGGAAUUGCUCAAGGAAUUCUUUACCUACAUAAAUACUCAAGAUUAAAAGUCAUUCAUAGGGACUUAAAGGUUAGCAACAUUCUGCUAGAUCAGGAGAUGAUCCCUAAAAUAUCAGACUUUGGAAUGGCAAGGAUUUUUGGGACUGAUCAAACACAGGCCAAUACAAACCGAGUGGUUGGUACAUAUGGCUAUAUGUCUCCGGAAUACGUAGUAUAUGGCCAAUUUUCAGAGAAAUCAGAUGUAUUCAGCUUUGGAGUAUUGCUGUUAGAAAUUCUGAGUGGUGAGCGUAACUCAGGUUUUUUCAUGACUGAAGUUUCUGUGUCCCUCUUAGGAUGGGCAUGGAAUAAGUGGAAAGAAGGAAGCAUCUUGGAGUUGAUUGAUCCAUCAAUAAGGGAAUCCUGCGACAGUAACAAAGCAACAAGGUCCAUUCUGGUUGCCCUUCUUUGUGUUCAAGAAAUACCAAUUGAUAGGCCAACAAUGUCUGAUAUAGUUGUCAUGUUAAGCAAUGAAACUAUACCCAUCCCUGAACCAAAAGAACCUGCUUUUCGCAGCAGCUGGCAAUCUCCGCAGUUACGUGAUGUAUCCAUAAAUGAGAUGACAAUUACCUUGCCGAAACCUCGAUAAGUGGAUUUGGUUUUCCUUUUUUUGUAGUUAGCAUAGAACCACCUCAAUUGUAUUUGUAGAUAGAAGAGAUGUUUGAUAUCUCCCUUGAUAGGGACUCCAGUUUGGGAGAACUUUGGGAUAAACUAAUCUGGAGAGUUUUACUUCAAAAAUCUUUUGGGGUUUUACUUGUACCAGACAAUAAGGUCCUUAACCAUUGAACCUACAAAAGUGUAGGUUCUGGUGUCUUGUUUUUUUUU